ACUAAGAACAUUAGACAUCAGUGAUUGGGUGAAUGGCUGCUCUCACUAUGAACAUUAGGCAUCAGUGAUUGGGUGAAUGGCUGCUCUCACUAUAAACAUUAGACAUCAGUGAUUGGGUGAAUGGCUGCUCUCACUAAGAACAUUAGACAUCAGUGAUUGGGUGAAUGGCUGCUCUCACUAAGUACAUUAGACAUCAGUGAUUGGGUGAAUGGCUGCUCUCACUAAGAACAUUAGACAUCAGUGAUUGGGUGAAUGGCUGCUCUCACUAAGAACAUUAGACAUCAGUGAUUGGGUGAAUGGCUGCUCUCACUAAGAACAUUAGACAUCAGUGAUUGGGUGAAUGGCUGCUCUCACUAUGAACAUUAGACAUCAGUGAUUGGGUGAAUGGCUGCUCUCACUAUGAACAUUAGACAUCAGUGAUUGGGUGAAUGGCUGCUCUCACUAUGAACAUUAGACAUCAGUGAUUGGGUGAAUGGCUGCUCUCACUAUGAACAUUAGACAUCAGUGAUUGGGUGAAUGGCUGCUCUCACUAUGAACAUUAGACAUCAGUGAUUGGGUGAAUGGCUGCUCUCACUAUGAACAUUAGACAUCAGUGAUUGGGUGAAUGGCUGCUCUCACUAUGAACAUUAGACAUCAGUGAUUGGGUGAAUGGCUGCUCUCACUAAGAACAUUAGACAUCAGUGAUUGGGUGAAUGGCUGCUCUCACUAUGAACAUUAGGCAUCAGUGAUUGGGUGAAUGGCUGCUCUCACUAAGAACAUUAGACAUCAGUGAUUGGGUGAAUGUCUGCUCUCACUAAGAACAUUAGACAUCAGUGAUUGGGUGAAUGGCUGCUCUCACUAAGAACAUUAGACAUCAGUGAUUGGGUGAAUGGCUGCUCUCACUAAGAACAUUAGACAUCAGUGAUUGGGUGAAUGGCUGCUCUCACUAAGAACAUUAGACAUCAGUGAUUGGGUGAAUGUCUGCUCUCACGAAGAACAUUAGACAUCAGUGAUUGGGUGAAUGGCUGCAAUGCAUGAGGUUUUCGUGGUAUGUUUGUUUUACACAUUUCUACUCCACCACCUAGUUUCACUUUAGUCCUGUAAUUAAUUAUUGGUUCUGUCAUACAAGGAAAGGCUUGUGUUGUUUGGUAAAGCAAGAACGUAGAGAAAUGCACAUUACAAUGAGUAAUUUAAUACUUCAGCUGUUUUUGGUUCCACUUUACUGAAAGCACCCAGGUUAAAACGUGUGAUAAUGUGUUAUUAGCCUGAACCUUUUAUAAUGUCUUAUCAGGCUUUUAAAAAUGCUUAUCCUGUGUUAAUACCUGUGUGUUUUAAACAGACACAAUGACCAGAAAGAGCUGGAAAUCCAGUCACUAUUGGACUUCUUAAAUGUGCCAUGUUAUAAAUGUUGAAACAUUUGCCUUAAUAACUCAUUUAUUAAUAACUUAAUAACUUAAUGCGUUUUGCUGCACGUCUUCUUUUCAGUUGGUCGUUUAUAAUAUUUGAAUAUCUUCUCCUUAAUUAAAGGGUUCACUAUGCAAUCCUCUUCCUGAUCUGUCUCACUAUAUUAACCUUCUGCUGCUUAUUUUACAGACUGGUCAUCUUUUUUUAUUUAUUCUUGACAAUCAGUGUUUUCUUGAUACACAAGGUCUGAGUUUCCAAAUGGUAGUGUACUACUUUGGACCAGGGCCCAGUGUGGGGGGGGUUAUAUCACUAUAUAGGGAAUAGAAUGCCAUUUGGGACGCUACAGAGAUCUGAACAGCACAAUGACCUGACGGCAGUACGGAUAGAGAUACAGCACAAUGACCUGACGGCAGUACGGAUAGAGAUACAACACAAUGACCUGACGGCAGUACGGAUAGAGAUACAACACAAUGACCUGACGGCAGUACGGAUAGAGAUACAACACAAUGACCUGACGGCAGUACGGAUAGAGAUACAACACAAUGACCUGACGGCAGUACGGAUAGAGAUACAGCACAAUGACCUGACGGCAGUACGGAUAGAGAUACAACACAAUGACCUGACGGCAGUACGGAUAGAGAUACAGCACAAUGACCUGACGGCAGUACGGAUAGAGAUACAGCACAAUGACCUGACGGCAGUACGGAUAGAGAUACAGCACAAUGACCUGACGGCAGUACGGAUAGAGAUACAGCACAAUGACCUGACGGCAGUACGGAUAGAGAUACAGCACAAUGACCUGACGGCAGUACGGAUAGAGAUACAGCACAAUGACCUGACGGCAGUACGGAUAGAGAUACAACACAAUGACCUGACGGCAGUACGGAUAGAGAUACAACACAAUGACCUGACGGCAGUACGGAUAGAGAUACAACACAAUGACCUGACGGCAGUACGGAUAGAGAUACAACACAAUGACCUGACGGCAGUACGGAUAGAGAUACAGCACAAUGACCUGACGGCAGUACGGAUAGAGAUACAGCACAAUGACCUGACGGCAGUACGGAUAGAGAUACAGCACAAUGACCUGACGGCAGUACGGAUAGAGAUACAACACAAUGACCUGACGGCAGUACGGAUAGUGAUACACACAAUGACCUGA